CAUGGACUCCAGAGUGAUAUUUCUUGCCAUACUUUUCGUGGCCAGCGCCACUGCCGCUCCAUCUGCCCUCCUCGCCACAGGGGUGGCCUACGCCCCUGGGGUAGUCACAGCCUCUAGCUCCCAGGUGAUAGCCCGUAACUACAAUGGUGUAGCUCCCAUAGUCCCGUCAGCUCCGUAUGUUGCUGCUCCCUACGUGGCGUCUGCUGCUGCUCCCUACUUCGCCGCUGCUCCCUACACCGCCCCAUACGUUGCCGCCCCAUACGCAGCCUCUUACGUGUUGUAGAUGAUUCACCACAUUCAAUCUGUGUACAGCCAAUUACAAUUAAUACAUAUUUUCAUCUACCAACUGA